AUGACAGAUGCUAUGUCAAUUCGUGUGCAAGUAGCAGCAAUGCAACAGUAUUGGUUGGAGCUCAUUGCUGGGCUCAACUACAUGGAGAUUCAUCAGCCAGUGAUGAACAGCAAAGCUCAGCGCAAUGAUAGUUUUGAUUUCAAUUGUCUCAUGGGCACAUUUACACUUAAUCUUGAUGUUGCUGAGCAGCAUAUGAAAGCUGGCAUCCCAGUCUAUCUCAUCCAACCAACUGAACAAUUUAUCAAUCAGAUCAUCCUUAAAGCCAAGAAGCCAAUCAUUCUCAGUGUCAAUGACACCAUUCCCAAGCCUUCAUUUCCCAUCGUUUUUGAAGAAUCUCUUCAAAGUGCUAGAGACAAGUUUGCUGACCUGUCCGGAACGUAUGCCCCAUUGCCGAUACCUAUGUGGUCUACUGCCAAUGUCAGCAUCAAUCAGAAUUCAGAGCACUCCCAACAGCAUGAAGAAGGAGUCCAUUGUGCACAGAGCUCACCCAACACAAACAACAGUCAGGACUACAACAAAGGAUAUGCUUUUCCUGACCCUGCACUCCUUGUCUUUGCAUCUGCGACUCGUCAAAGCACCUACUUCCGUCAGUGGGAGCAUUGCUGA